ACAGGUGGCCAGAGAAAAACGGCUAUACCGGGCCUGCUGCCUGAUCAUGACUGCUGUGGUUCGACCUGGAGUCACUGUUUCAGAGCUAUGUGAGGAAGGAGACAAGUUCCUUGAGGCAGGAGAGCUGGAGAGGGCGACCUCUCUCUACAUGUCUGCCUUCAGGACCCACGCUGCCUCCACUGUGUCCCACAUGCGGAAACUGAAGUCCAGCCUGGGUGGGGUGAUCUCUACUCUCGAAGGUUGGCUUGACAGUCAUGCGGAGAACCAGCCUGCUGAGGGUCUUAACAAAGGUCUUGCAGCCGUGUUUCUGUCCACGCUCUGCCCCAACAAUCUGUCAGCCACCAUUUUCAAAAUGGAGUCCCUCCUACAGAGUGGCGGGCAUGGCUGCGAGGAGAUCUACGCCCGCUGCACUGCUCUGCUCGACGGGAAGCGAAACUCUCAGUCACAAUGUGCGACUGACGCGGUGUUGGAGAUAACUCGGGCCCUGGCCUGCUUGUUCUCAGAGCCUCACGGUGUCAAGGGGCUGAAGCUUUACCUCAAAGCUUAUCAGAGUAACAAGUCUGAAAUCGUCAAACUGGUGAAAAGCAGACAAGCUCUGCACCUACCAAAAAUAGUGAGGGCCUUUACAGACCAAAUGCUGCACAUACAUCCCUCUCUUAUGUGUGACAGCGAGUCUGCAGUGACAACAAAGGAGAAGGAUGAGCUAGACGCAGAGGAUUCCUCUACAGUUGUUGAGUUUUUGUUGGCUCUCUCACCUGGUUACAGAGAGGUUCAGGAGCUUCAAGCAGCAUAUUUGUUUUUGACAGGCAGGUUUGGGGACAGUGCGGAGGUGUACUCUGCUCUCUUGCGUCAUGGUCAUUGUCAGAAAAAGUCAGAGAGCACAGACAAGUCAUUCCGAGACACUCCCGAGAAGAGAGCCGGACUCUUCAUCAGCCGAGCGGCUGCCUUUUUGUCAGCAGGUGGACGGACUGCGGAGGCGUGCAGGGAUCUGGGGGAGGCAUUUGAGAUCCACCCUGCCACUGCUCGAAUUUAUUUCCAAAAGCUGUUCACAGAUCAGGGUACAGGGGUGGCUGCUCGCAACCAUCUCCGUCAGCAGGCAGAGAGGGGCCUGUCUGGUUACAGAGAAAGGGUCCUCAUCCGUCCAGACCUGCGGUCCACUGAAGGAGUUGAACUCCUGGACCCUGUGAUCACUCAGUUACGGACUCUGUGUCAUUUAGAGCCUGGCGGCGGAGGCAGACAGCUGCGAGUACGACUGGCUGACUGUCUCCUCCUCAGAGGGGAACACAAGGAGGCCCUUUCUAUCUGCAGCCAGCUAGCUGCUGCCCAAGGUCAGCAGAGCUAUCAGAACACAGUGCAGGUUCUUCGUGGAUAUGCACGUCUUCUCUCUGAUGACCACAAGGGGGCGUUGGAAGACUUUCAGGCUGUGAUUGAACACGAUGCCCCCCACCCAUCCAGCUGUGUGCGGGCGCUGUGUGGCAGGGGGCUCCUGCGCAUGACGGGUGGCUUAAACUACCUAACAGCUCUAGACUAUGUGACAGCCAGCAGGCUGCAGCCUCAAGAAACAGCACUGACUGUUCGCUGCCUGGUGCCGUGGAACUACCGGGGGCUGCUGUUUACUGUGUUACUGGAGCAGGGACGAGUCAUGCUGGAGGGGACUGGAGAGAACGAAUCAAAGUCCAGUUCCAGUGAAGACUCCGAACAGCCCCGGCAAGGGGAUCAGCUGCAGCCCCCAUCAAAGAGAGACAAUGACCGAUCAGGGACUCCUGCUGGUGUCCAGUCCCUGGCUGUGCUACUGAUGGAGCUCCAGCCCGGUGCUGAUGGGUCUCAAAUCCUGGCAGCAGAUGCCUUGUACCAGCUUGGCCGGGUGGAGGAGGCCUACCGGCUGCUACUUUCCAUCGGGGCCACGAGUCCUCGCGCACCCGUACUGGCUCGGCUCGCCCUGCUGCAGCUGCACAGAGGCUUUCUUUAUGACACCAAUCAGCUGCUGAAAAAGCUCAUACAGUGUGGCGACACAAGCUGCUUGCGCCCCCUGUUGGCGGUGGCGCAACAGAAAGAUCGGGCGCUGCUGCAGUCGCACUGCCACUCUGCUGCAAAGCGCAUCCUGGACGGCACACGAGACGAGAGCGCUGUCAGGGAGGCUGUGGCGUAUCUCUCCAUCGCUAUCAUGGCCUCUGGUGGUGAGGCAGCAGACUCUUUGCUGGAGAGAGGUCGGUGUUAUGCCCUGCUGGGACAACGAAAGACAGCCAUCUUUGAUUUUAGUGCCAUUCUGAAGGAGCACCCAAAACAUGUUCGGGCCCUCUGUGGACGAGGCUUCACUUACCUCAUGCUUAACCAACAAAAGGAAUGCACCCAGGAUAUCCUGGCAGCACUUCAGAUAAAUACUGACAUAGUCACCAAAGACAUCCUGUCGCUCAAGGACAAGGCACGGAAGCUGGUCUGUGAUUGGCUGCAUCAGUUCUGUCGAACCAAUCUGUCAGACAUCCUGGCUGCUAGUUCUGUCCCCUGCCAUGAAGAGCAGCUCAGAGAGGCUUUUAUAAUUGGCGGAGCUCUGAUGAGGACUGACUGCAGGGACCCCAGAUGGCAUCUCCUCUACGUGGACAUACUCUCAGCCAAAGGUGAAGUUAAAGCAGCAGGUGCUCAUCUGUGCCAGGUGUUUGGUCAGGAGCCCAGAGAUGCUUUGGCCCAGGCCAGGGUGGGUGUGGUGGAGGCCUGGCAGCAGAACUACCGCAGCGCAGCUCGCAGGCUCAGCAAAGUGACUGAGAAAGAUUCAUCCAGUCUGGACUUCCUGCUGGCCUUGAUCCCAAUCAAUCAGCGAAAACGCAUCGCACAGGCAGCAGCACAGGAGGCCAGCAGUGUGUCAUCAGGUGGCCAGUGGGAUCAGGCCCUCACACUCCUGACUGUGGCAGUACAAGCAGUGGGAAAUCACAGACUCCAGUAUCUUCGCCAGCGAGCUGCCUGCCUCGCUCAGCUGGGCUUACACGAGCGGGCCAUAGCUGACCUGGACAGAGUUAUCCAGAGACACGGUGCGUCCGACUCCAGCUCAGAUGACCCCCAAUUCUGGGUGGAGGACCUGUGUCGGCGAGGCCGCAGCCUGGUGCUCUGUUCCAGAGAAGGAGCUGCUCUGGAGGACUUCACUCGGGCCUUGGAGCUCCACAGGAACCAGGCCAUCCAGUGUGUGGAUGCUGGUCUAGGGAGGCUACGUCUGGCUGAGUGCUUCCUGCGGGGGGCGCUGCAGCAUUAUGGGGAGCAGCAGCUCAGCAAAGCUUCGACAUUGAUUGAAUGUGGCCUCAUUGUGGACAAUGAAAACGCAGAGCUCCGCAGACUGAGGGCAAAGGUCAAACGAGAAGUGACCAGCCCCUGCAAUGUCAACUAG